UAUUCGGUGUAAAUCGUAUACCCUUUUAAAUUAUAGAGUUUAGUGCUCAAUAGGCUUUGCUAAACUCUAAUCAUCAAGCAUGACAAAAGAAUUUUGCCCUAAAAUUGAAAAAUUCAAGCCCCAUGGAAAAUAAUCGCAAAAAAGAAAAUUUUUAUAUUUUGAGUGAAGUUUAGCAACAGUGCAACUGGAAGCACCAAAAACUCAAAGAGAGAGAAUGAAGCGAUUUUUCCAACCAAUACAGAAAGAUGGUUCCUCCAAGAAGCCUGCACUCUCAACCCAAGCAGAAAACGAAGAAGAUGAGAGAGAAUCUGGGGAUGACGGCCAUGGAAAAGAGCCUUCAAAGUUCUUGACAUGGAAUGCUAACAGUUUACUCCUUCGUGCCAAAAACAAUUGGCCUGAAUUCUCAAAGCUUGUUGCUACUCUUGAUCCCGAUAUCAUCGCUAUACAGGAAGUAAGGAUGCCUGCUGCUGGUUCCAAGGGCGCAUCUAAGAACCAAGGAGAGCUAAAGGAUGACACAAAUGCUUCACGUGAUGAAAAGAAGGUGUUGAUGCGUGCCCUCUCAAGUGCUCCAUUUGGAAACUAUCGUGUGUGGUGGUCUCUUUCAGAUUCCAAGUAUGCUGGGACUGCAUUGCUUGUGAAGAAAUGCUUCAAGCCAAAGAAGAUCUCCUUUUCUCUGGAUCCUGCAGCGAAGAAGCAUGAACCUGAUGGUCGCUUGAUAUUGGCUGAAUUUGAGUCAUUGCGCUUUAUAAAUACAUAUGUGCCUAACAAUGGCUGGAAGGAGGAGGAAUCCUCAUUUAUAAGGAGAAGAAAAUGGGAUAAGAAGAUGCUGGAGCUUAUCUUGCAGUUAUCUGAUAAACCACUUAUCUGGUGUGGUGAUUUGAAUGUGAGCCAUGAAGACAUUGAUGUAAGUCAUCCGGAAUUCUUUGCUACAGCGAAAAUGAACGGUUAUAUUCCUCCAAAUAAAGAGGAUUGUGGGCAGCCUGGGUUCACUAUGUCUGAAAGGAAACGUUUUGGUACUAUGUUGAGAGAGGGGAAACUAAUAGAUGCAUAUAGAUUUCUACACAAGGAGAAGGACAUGGAGUGUGGCUUCUCAUGGUCUGGAAACCCAGUUGGAAAGUAUCGAGGUAAAAGGAUGAGGAUAGAUUACUUUUUAGUGUCCGAAAAGCUCAAGGACCGAAUAGUCUCCUGCAAAAUGCACGGACAUGGCAUUGAGUUGGAAGGUUUCUGCGGAAGCGACCAUUGCCCGGUGUCUCUCGAGCUUGCACCAAGUUCACCUGAUGUAAAACCAAAUGAGGCUUCUAAUUGACUUUUCGAAGUACAUAUUCCUUAUUUGAUGCAGAUUGAGAAGUGCUUCUAACAUAUUGGUCCACAAAUGUGUAAUUGAUUUACCCAUCAACUUCGUACUACUAUUGACUCGAAAGUAGAUUCAAAGAUUUUCCAUCAUAUAUGGAACCCAAAGUGAUGUCUACUCCAGUGUUUGCAUUAGUACUGAAUGUGUUGUGAAAUAGGCCAAAUAGCUCUCUAAUUUUAACAAAAAAAAUAAUCUAUUGCUUACCAAUUUUUUUGAUGCAAUGCCUUUUAACUCUU